AUGGUUGGCCUUCCUGCGCGGGGCAAAUCUUACUUGACCAACAAGCUCACGCGGUACUUGAACUGGUUGCAGCACGACACGCGUGUGUUUAACGUAGGGAACACACGGCGCAAGGCGCAGCCGGAGCUGGGGCCAUUUACACAUCCACUCACAGACCAGCACACGCGGUUGGAGAGUGUGGAGGAGGAGGAAACCCCCCACUCGGCGUCGUUCUUCUCACCGGACAACGCAGCGAGCUUCGCGCUUCGCGAGAAGUGGGCGAUGGAUACGCUUGACCAGUUGCUUGACUAUCUCGUGGACGGGCCCGGCUGCGUAGGAAUCUUUGACGCGACAAAUACGACAAAGAAUCGCCGCGCGAAACUUUUGCGCAAGAUCCAAGAGCGUUCCCAGGGCCAAUUGAAGGUGUUAUUUUUGGAGAGCGUGUGCACGGACGCGAAGAUCAUUGAGACCAACAUGCGCUUGAAGCUCUCGGGGCCGGAUUACCGUGGCAUGGACCCGGAGACCGCGUUGGAGGACUUCCGCGGGCGGCUCACCAACUACGAGCGCGCGUAUGAAGCCAUCGAUGACGAGGAGGAACAGCGCAACCUGGAGUUCAUGUACGUGAAGAUGAUUGACGUGGGCCGCAAGAUUGUGGCGUACAACAUCUCGGGCUUCCUCGCGUCGCAGACAAUCUACUAUCUCCUCAACUUCAACCUCGCGGAGCGCCAGAUUUGGGUCACGCGCCACGGUGAGAGCGAGGACAACGUGUCGGGGCGCAUCGGUGGUGAUGCGCCGUUAACCGCACGCGGUCGGCUCUUUGCGCAGGCAUUGACACGCUUCAUGGACUUCCAGCGCGGCGAGUUCCGCAAGCAGCAGUUGGACGAGUUCCGCAAGCGGCUCCUGUUGAGGUUUCCGACCGCCGAGCCGCCCGAGCCGGCCGAGUUUUACGUGUGGAGCAGCAUGUUGCAGCGCUCCGCUGAGACGACGCAGUACUUCGACGAGGAGGCGUACACCCUCAAGGAAAUGCGCAUUUUGAAUGAGUUGGGCGCAGGUGUGUGCGAGGGCAUGACCUACAAGGAGAUCCAGAGCGAGUACCCCGCGGAGUUUGAGGCACGCAUCAAGGAUAAGUUGGCGUACCGAUACCCAGGUGUGGGUGGUGAGUCGUACCUCGACGUUAUUAACCGUGUAAAGCCGUUGAUCAACGAGAUUGAGCGCACCAAGAACCACGUGUUAAUUGUGACGCACCGCGUAGUGGCACGCGUGCUCUUGGCGUACUUCCUUAACUUGCACAAGUCAAUCAUCGGUCUGUUGGACGUGCCGCUCCAUUCGUUGUACUGCUUAGAGUGCAAGCCCUACGGCACCGACUACUACUACUACGAGUAUGACGAAAAGCGUGACUGGUUUUUCAAGGUCGACCCCGAGCACCAGAAGAAGACCAAGCAGGUUGGCGUCACGUUCCAGGAACGCCGCUACUCGGUCGUGCCGACCGCGCCGUCCUCCGUUGGUACAUUUGCCUGA